AUGCCUCCAAAGAAGAAAUGUGCCCACAAGGCCAGGAAGGCAGAGCUGGUAUUCCUUGAGAAGCCAUGGGCAGGACCCAUCCAUUGCUAUGAAACUCCACUGCCUUUGGCCCAGAACCCCAGACGUGUGCCUACAAAACCUGUAGACCGGAGCACCUCUGCUGCCUGGGUAUGCCCACAAUUUGAAACAACUAAGCCAGUGGUGUUGAAAGCGUGCCAGAAGAAGCACCAUGGUCUUCACAAGCCCCAGAAUCAGGAUGCCAACUGCAGUUUGCUUCAUGCAGGAGGACCUUGUCGAAGAGCUGCAUCCUGCAAAUUUCCUCCUUUAACUUUUGAGAAUUUAGAAGGACAUGCAGGCCACUCCUUGGAUCAUCCAAAGCGCUCAAGGAAGGACACAGAGUGUUCUCACAGCCAGCUCAAGAAAGGGACAGCAGCAAACGCCAAUAUCCAAGUGCAGGGUCCAGAGAACUGUAGAGAGCCUGCUCUCCAGCCUGUGGAGCGAGGAGCCUUUAGUCUGCCAGAUGCAGAGGCUCCACAGGUGCCUUCCCUAAGGAGAUGCAGCAACACUCUGUCACAAAGUACAGACACCUGGCAUCCAGAAAAAGAGCUGGCAUUUGGUGUUGAUCCCUGUGGGAGAGGGAAGUCGGCAGCAGUGCUGGUUACAGACACUCCCGAACAUGAGUAUGGAGUAAAGGUCACUUGGAGACGGCGGCCUCACCUCAUGAAGUACCUGCGGGAGCGAGGGAAGCUGAGCGCUGCCGACAUCCUGGUGAAGGCAGACUUCGAGCUCUGGCAGAGACAGGCCAGCGCCUGACCCGGCGGGAGCGGCACCUCUGCAGCGUGCGGGGACACGCCCGGACGGACGAUGGCACUGCGGCGGCUGAGGACAUGGGCCGGGCGGGAGCGCCUUGGCGACGGGGGUGUGUUGGGCCGGGCUUCCUUGGGGAAAAGUGUGUCUGCAGUGGGGAGCGUUCCUGAGG